UCUCAAAACCCCUGCCUCUGUGCUGUGCCUGUGCGUGAGAUUGCAGAGUCUUCCGCGCGCGAAAGAGAGACGGAGAACGCGAGGGUACUUAGUACUUGCCAUUUCCAGAAGCCUAGAUCGCGAGCGCUAUGUUUCUCUUCUAUUUAUACUCACAUUGGAGCUUGUAGUUCAUUUCUACUUCCAUUUUUUUUUGCCAUUUACCAGUUCUAGGGUUUUCUCUGUUUAUAUAAUAUUAUUCUGUCGCUAGAGGAGGUCAGGAUGAAGAACCUGAAGCUUUAUUCAGAGCUUACAUUCGAUCUCCAACUGCAGUCGACGGAAGAAGUUCUGUUGUUCUCUGCUUUCGAUAUUGAACGAAAUCGCCUGUUCUUUGCUUCAUCAGCAAACGUUAUAUACACUACUCAGAUUCCUAUAUCUCAGGGCAAACAAUGGAGGAAGACCACAAUAGCCUUGGAAGAUGAACUUGUGGAUUUAGAACCUGGGGACUGCACUACCGCUUUAGACUAUCUCAUGGAGAAGGAAGCACUGAUAGUGGGAACUACUGAUGGUUAUCUAUUAUUGCACACUGGUGAUGGGAAGACAACAGAAGUUGUUGGCAGAGUGGAGGGUGGUGUAAAGAGUAUUACUCCUAGUCCAGAUGGAGCCCUUCUUGCUGUUAUUACUGGCUUUGGGCGGUUACUAGUUAUGACUCACGAUUGGGAGCUUCUAUAUGAAACUACGCUUGAGGAGCCUCCUGAAGAUUUUGACGUAAGUGAAGCAACUGGAGAUUAUACAUUUGAAAGUACCCUUUCUUGGCGAGGUGAUGGGAAAUAUCUUGCUACUUCAAGUAAAGAGCACAACUCUUCCUUGCAUAGAAAACUUAAAAUUUGGGAACGGAAUUCAGGGUCACUGCAUGCAGCUUCAGAAUUAAAGCCUUUCAUGGGAGUAGCCUUGGAUUGGAUGCCAAGUGGCGCCAAAAUAGCUGCAGCAUAUGACAGGAAAGCUGAAAAAAAGUGCCCUCUGGUUGUUUUCUUUGAGAGGAAUGGGUUAGAAAGAAGCUCAUUUAGCAUUGAUGAGCCAAUGGAUACAAUAAUUGAAGUCCUGAAGUGGAAUUGCACCUCAGAUCUUCUUGCAGCCAUUGCCAGAUGUGAAAGGCAUGAUGCUAUUAAGAUUUGGUCCUUCAGUAACAACCAUUGGUACUUGAAACACGAAAUAAGAUACUCGAAGAAGGAUGGAGUGAAAUUCAUGUGGGAUCCGACAAAGGCAUUGCGCUUGAUUUGUUGGACACUUGGUGGAAAGAUCACAACCUACAACUUUGUUUGGGUAACAGCUGUGAUGGAGAAUUCAACAGCUUUGGUGAUAGAUAAUUCCAACAUACUAAUAUCACCUCUUGCUUUAUCUUUAAUGCCACCUCCCUUGUAUUUAUUCAACCUGAAAUUCUCUGCUGCUGUUCAAGAUAUGGCCUUUUUCCCCCAAAACUCCAAAAGCCUUUUGGCUGUGUGCUUAUCAAGUGGUAGUUUGUGUAUUGUAGAGCUUCCUGCCACUGAAACUUGGGAAGAGUUGGAGGGCAAAGAAUUCAACAUUGUACAUAUCUGUUCUGAAGUGGAGUUUGGGUCCUUGAGGCAUCUAGCUUGGUUGGAUUCACAUAUUCUUCUUGGCAUUUCUUACAAUGGUUCUGCUAAUACUGAUCAAUGUUUGGGGACAUCGUCCACAGAAUACAAGUUUUCUCAUCAUCAGGGGGUGGAUUUCUAUGGGUAUACUUUGUUGGAGAUUGAGCUGGUGUGCCGUGAGGAUCACAUCCCCGGAUUGGUGACCUCAUCAGGUUGGGAUGCAAAGAUUACCAAUCGACUAUGUCUUGAAGGACCUGUGAUUGGAGUAUCUACUAACCCUGUCAAAAGAGGAUCAGCCUUUAUUCAGUAUGAUGGAGGAAAACUUAUUGAAUAUACUUCAAAUUUGGGAAUUUCAAGGGCACAUGCAGAGUUGAACUUCCAGAAAGUAGAUAGUGAUAUUGGAUUUUCAUCAUCCUGCCCUUGGACGAGUGUUGUCUCUAUUUCUGAGAAAGGGAUGUUAAAGCCCUUGCCUUUCGGGCUUGAUGAUAAUAGCAGGUUACAUGCCGGUGGGAGGAUAUUAUGUAACAAUUGCAGUAGCUUUUCAUUUUACUCUAACUCUGCUGAUCAAAUAAUGACACACUUGAUUCUCACAACCAAGCAAGACUUGCUAUUUAUUGUUGAUGUUGAUGACAUUUUAUAUGGCAAUGUGGAAGUUAAAUAUCAAAGUUUCAUUCGGAUUAGUAACAAAAACAAUGAAGAAAAUAAAGACUCCAUAUUCAUAUGGGAAAGGGGUGCAAAAUUAGUUGGUGUACUUAAUGGAGAUGAAGCUGCUGUUAUUUUACAAACAACUCGGGGGAACCUAGAAUGCAUCUAUCCUAGAAAAUUGGUUUUGGCAUCUAUAGUUAAUGCUUUGGUCCAAGGGCGCUUCAGAGAUGCACUUUUCAUGGUAAGAAGACACCGAAUAGAUUACAAUGUCCUUGUUGACUGCUUUGGUUGGCAAGCCUUUCUUCAAUGUGCUACUGAAUUUGUCAGGCAAGUUAACAAUUUGAGCUAUAUCACUGACUUUGUCUGUUCCAUAAAGAAUGAAAAUGUUCUGGAGACACUGUACAAGAACAUUAUAUCCCUUCCUUACAUGAAGGUCAGUGAAGGUAUACAAACAGGAAAUUUGAAGGGUUUUGAUACAAAGAGCAAGGUCUCUUCUGUGCUGCAGGCAAUACGCAAGGCUCUUGAGGAACAGGUAUCAGAAAGUCCUGCAAGGGAGCUUUGUAUAUUAACCACCUUAGCCCGUAGCGAACCUCCAGCACUUGAGGAAUCCCUUAAGCGGAUAAAAAUGAUUCGCGAAAUGGAACUGUCAGGGGUUGAUGACCACAGGAGACAUUCUUAUCCUUCAACAGAAGAAGCUCUGAAGCAUCUCCUCUGGUUAUCUGAUUCUGAUGCUGUUUAUGAAUCUGCUUUAGGCCUUUAUGAUCUGAACCUUGCAGCGAUUGUGGCACUGAACUCCCAAAGGGAUCCAAAGGAGUUUCUUCCUUUCCUGAAGGGACUGGAGAGUAUGCCACCUGCUAUUUUGCAGUAUACAGUUGAUAUUAGACUGCACAGGUAUGAAAGUGCUCUUAAGCAUGUUGUAUCAGCUGGAGAUGCUUAUUAUGAAGAUGCGAUGAACCUUAUGAGAAAUAACCCGGAACUUUUUCCAUUGGGUCUUCAACUGUUCAUUGAUCCUUCAAAGAGGACUGAAAUUCUUGAGGCUUGGGGAGACCAUCUCCAUGAUCAAAAAUGCUUUGAGGAUGCUGCUACAACUUAUUUGUGUUGUUCUUCAUUAGGAAAAGCUCUGAAAGCUUAUCGUGCUUGUGGUCAUUGGAAAGGGGUGCUCACAGUGGCCGGUUUGCUCAAAUUGGGAAAGGAAGAGAUUCUGCAACUUGCUAAUGAACUCUGUGAAGAACUUCAAGCACUUGGAAAGCCAGCAGAAGCUGCCAUAAUUGCUCUAGAGUACUGUGGUGAUGUCCCUGGAGGAAUUGGUUUUCUUGUCAGUGCAAGGGAAUGGGAAGAGGCUCUGAGGAUUGGUCUUAUGCACAAGAGAGAGGACUUGAUUUUGGAUGUGAAAAAUGCAGCUGUAGAAUGUUCCGGAGUAUUGAUAGCUGAAUACAAGGAAGGAUUGGAGAAGAUAGGGAAGUACUUGACACGGUAUUUAGCAGUUAGACAAAGAAGAUUACUUCUCACAGCAAAGCUUCAAUCAGAGGAGAGAUCAAUAAAUGACAUUGAUGAUGAGACUGCUUCAGAAACUAGCAGUACUUUCAGUGGAAUGAGUGCUUACACUACUGGGACAAGAAAAGGCUCUGGAGCUUCUAUUUGCUCAAGCUUAGGCAGCAAGACACGAGAAAUGAGACGACAGAAGAAUAAAGGAGGCAAGAUCCGAGCUGGCAGCCCUGGUGAAGAGAGGGCUCUAGUGGAACACUUGAAGGGCAUGUCUCUAACCUCAGUUGCACAGCAUGAGCUUAAAUCCCUACUUGGUGCCCUUGUGAUGAUUGGCAAGGAAGAAACAGCUAGGAAACUGCAACGAGCGGCAGAUAAUUUUCAAAUGUCUCAAUUGGCAGCAGUCAUUCUUGCUGAAGAAACUACCUGUAGUGAUAACAUAGACGAGACCAGGCAUACCUUGGAGCAUUACAUACAGAAGGUGAAGAGUGAACUGCCCAAGUCAGAGGCUUUCUCAUGGCAGUCUAAGGUUCUACUUCCUCCUUAACAGAAGCAGUUAUGAUUCUUGACGAGGAAAUGGAGAAGCAAAGGUGGAACUAAAUUGAACUGUAAAAUUAUCUCCUCUUACUCAAACUAUUUCAGUUAAAUUUUGUACCAACUGCUUGAAUGAUAAAUUGCUUUUCCGUAUGCAUGCGAUUUUUUUUUUUUCUUUUUUCAACAUGACGCAUUGUUUUCAUGAUGAUUGUUAUUUUCUCAAUGGUUGCUAAGAAGGGUACAUGUCAUUCUCUGCAGCA